CGAGUGCCAACGCCGAGUCGCCGGGCUGUUUGGGAAUCUCCCUGAUUUUGAUACUCUGAUACUGACUGAUCUCAGACUCUGAUCUCAUACUCUGAUACUAAUACUCUGCUCUACUCUGUGCUGAUACUGUCUGAUACCAAUACCAACACUUUUCCAUCAUGGCUGCGACCGCCUCCUUCGAGAUCAUCGUCCUGCCCCCGCUCUCCUCCAUGGCUACCUUCUCCCGCUCUCUCCUUCUCGCUGCCAUGCCCUCUCUCCUCCAGCCCUAUCUCCAACGCCAGGCAAAGCUGCCCGACCCAUCUCUGAGCCCUCCUCCUGUCGCAAACCUCUCAAAGUACAUUGACGACACUUUCGGUCUGAAAUCCUACGCCUUCCCCGGCGUCAGACUCUCCUCUCCCGCCGCCGGCGCUGAACUUGUUGACAUCGCCUUUGGCUCCAGCGCACUCCUGCGUCCGCCUGCCGUCUGUGACUUUGAAUUCAUAGAAUCGAACGUUCUUGUCUGUGGACGCGUCUACAUCUGUCCCUUUGGCACCCGCGAGGAGAAGAAAUGGCACAGCAUAGCCCGUGGCGCGGCGAUGGAUCAGAUUCUGGCCACGCCCAAACUGGCCGCCUCACCUACCUUCACUCGGUUCACCGUCUCCAUGCCUCGCCCCGCUACCACCGUCAGAAAAGUUACUCGAUUUUCUGAUGGGAAUUUGGAAAACUCCAUUCAUGCUGCCGCUGCUGCUGCUACUUCUUCUGUCAAUCCCGACGCCUCCCCCGACUCUAAACCUCGUCGCGCUCGCGACAGCCAGCCCUUCACCGCCACCAUCAUCCAGCAACACAUCUCCGAGUCUACUCCUCCUGACUUCUGCAUCACUCGCCCUCAAUCUACUGAGAGCGCCGAAAGCAAAGAGCACUCUCUCGAGCAAGCCCCUCCGACCACCUGGCGCUCUCAUAAUCCUCUUUUCUACAGCAUACCCUGCUCACCCACCCCGUCUGACAAACCCCCGCACUCUUCUGCUCAGUCAAAGGGAUCUCUGGAAAGCAGCAACUAUCUUGACGCGGUUCUCGAUCCCCUUCCCGUCUCUAGGUUGAAUAUCGAAAACAGCUCGGGCGAAGGCAAACAAAUCUCUAAAGAGCUCCCUGAAAGCCCGGUUCGUGGACUACGACCUGAAUACUUCAUCAGCCGUCCUCCACCACCACCUCCUUCUACUCCCUCUCGCAAACGCAGUUCAAGAGCAAAUCCUGACCACAACACCGGUCACAAGCGAACGAAGUCGUGCGAAGAGCCAGUUACUCCAACUACAUGCGACCAAGACGACUCUGGCGAGACGCAGCAGACUUCCAUCAACGACUACUUUUUGGUUUCCAAACUUUCCGGUGAAGCUUGAAAAUACCUUUAGAGAACUCCUGUUUAUUCUCAUGAAUCCCGAUCCUCAAAUGAUACCCCUCAAAACUUCUGUACAUUCUGUUAUGGUACUUGGUCUACUCUCUCUCUGUAUUAGCACAGAGACGAUACAAAAUCAAUAAUUUUUACUACACUCAAGACAUAAAUUCAUCAUCAUGAUCAUCAAAUCUCACGCGUAUGCACAAUAUGUUCCUUCCCCUUCUCCAAAUCCCCAACCUCAUCACUCCCGCUUCCCUCCAGGACUUCGACCU